AUGGGAGAAAUUAGAGGGAAAGUGGGUGAGAAAGACGAUGGGUUGGAGUUGGGGUUGGGAUUAGGAUUAGGUUUGGGUUUGGGCUUGGGGCGUGAUGGGAGUCGAAGUUCUGUGAAAGUAAGUCCCAUGCACAACCCUUCACAGUUGGUGGAAAAACACAAGGGUUCUUGGAAUGAGAUGUUUCAGUUACCUGGUCGAUGUUUGAGCAUCAGCGGAAAGAGGAGCGAGAGAUCAGAGCCAAACAGAGAAGAAAAUAAGGCUGAGAGGGCUUCGUGCUCUCGUGAGAGCGACAAGGAAGAUGGCAGCUGCGGCGACCCAUCAAGAAAGAAACUCAAGCUGUCAAAGGAGCAGUCUUUGGUUCUGGAGGAGACCUUCAAAGAGCACAAUACCCUUCGCAUCUUAUUCCCUCGUUAA